AUGGGGCUAAGGCUACCAUUUGCAGGGCUAAGGCGUAGUAUAGACGCCUAUUGCACGGAUAACGGCUCUAGGCGUCUGGGGGGUGUGUUACGAGAUAUAGAUAUAGUUAAUACUACCCACAUAGAGUGA